AUGAGAUUCCCUAGUACAGGCCUUAACCAUAUCCUCAUGAGAGGAGAGGUGGAUCAUCACAUGCCUAGGAUCCAAAAGCCCCACCACCGUAGGCUGGGAAAGCCCCCAAUAGAUUUCAACAUCGAUUUUGAUUUGUUCCACAUAUGUGUUUUGUUGGUGGAAGAUGAAGUCAUUGUUAAAGAUGAGGUCGGAGAAGAUGAUGUUGCGGAAAAAAUCUACAAGAUUCAGUGUACAUACACGAUGAUGAAGAAGAACAAGACAUGGCUCAUGAUCUUCGUAGCCAUACUGCUAGUCUCGGGAACUAUUGCAGAGAACGUUGAUUUGGGACGAAAGGGAGGGUUUGGAACAAUAAAGAAUCCAGACACGGGAAAUGAGGAAGAAGGAAAAGGUGAUGCAGGAGUCGAUAGUCAUCACACAUAUACUUCGGCAAAUCGUCCAGGAGAGAUCCACAAUGUUCCAACGCCUCGCGGUUGUUCAUCUGCAUCUAAACUGGCUAGUGCAAUGAUGAUGACAUUAUCUAAUCCCAGCUCUAUGAGACUUUAA